CGCCGGGAAAGCCUGCUUGCUCCGGAAGCGGUUGACGGCGCAGGGCCUGACCUUCCCUCCGUGUGUCGGAGGAGCGGCCGCCAGUGAAAUUCAAAUGUGAGGCAGAGGGAGGCCGGCGGACAGGACAGGACAGGACAGGGGAAGGGAAGAGAAGAGGAGCGAGGGCAAGGCCGAGAGCACACAGCGAGGAGCCGGCCGCGGGGAGCAGCACCAUGUUCGCCAAGCGGAAGGCGGUGCUGCCCGCUCUCACCAUCACAACCACGGUCGGGGAGGGACCGUCCCCCGCCAGAGAGGACACGGCCGAUGCUAACCUAGUAACCCUACCAAAGAAGUUGGAGGAACUUGAGCUUGAUGAGCAGCAGAAAAAUAGACUUGAAGCCUUUCUUACACAGAAGGCCAAAGUUGGUGAAUUGAAAGACGACGACUUUGAUAAGAUAUGUGAGCUGGGUGCUGGUAAUGGGGGCGUUGUCACCAAAGUACGUCACAAGCCAUCAGGUCUUAUUAUGGCAAGAAAGCUGAUUCACUUAGAAAUAAAGCCUGCCAUUCGCAAUCAGAUCAUCAGAGAACUCCAGGUGCUUCAUGAAUGUAACUCUCCAUAUAUUGUGGGCUUCUAUGGAGCAUUUUACAGUGAUGGUGAAAUCAGUAUAUGCAUGGAGCACAUGGAUGGCGGUUCUCUGGACCAGGUGCUGAAGGAAGCCAGGAGAAUUCCAGAGGAAAUCCUAGGAAAAGUCAGCAUAGCAGUCCUAAGAGGGUUGGCAUAUUUAAGAGAGAAGCAUCAAAUCAUGCACAGAGAUGUGAAACCAUCCAACAUUUUGGUUAAUUCUCGUGGUGAGAUAAAGCUCUGUGAUUUCGGAGUAAGUGGUCAGCUCAUUGACUCGAUGGCAAACUCCUUUGUGGGAACUCGUUCUUACAUGUCUCCAGAGAGACUCCAAGGCACCCACUACUCUGUGCAGUCUGAUAUCUGGAGUAUGGGCCUUUCCUUGGUUGAGAUGGCAAUCGGAAGAUAUCCGAUACCCCCUCCUGACAUGAGGGAGUUGGAGGCCAUCUUUCAGUGCCAAGUAAUGGAUGGAGCAGGAGGGGAAUCGCAUAGCACGUCACCCAGAUCAAGGAGUCAAGGGCGCCCCAUCAGUGGGCAUGGAAUGGACAGUCGACCAGCCAUGGCUAUCUUUGAACUUCUGGAUUAUAUUGUUAAUGAGCCGCCACCUAAACUCCCCAUUGGUGUAUUUUCACAAGACUUUCAAGAGUUUGUAAAUAAAUGUUUAUUCAAGAAUCCUGCUGAACGAGCAGACUUGAAACUACUCAUGAGCCACACGUUCAUUAAGCGGUCUGAAGUAGAGGAGGUGGAUUUUGCUGGCUGGUUGUGUAAAACCAUGGGGCUGAACCAGCCCAGCACCCCAACACGCAUCGCUGUGUGAGCGACAACCAAGAGCCCUCCUCCCCCCCCUCCCCCAGUGCUCCCAUUCACCUCUGCUGAUGUCAACCACUACUGUCGUGCCUGUGGCGUAAAAAAAAGGAUUCUCCCUGCAUUCAGAAACUGUGUGAGGAGGUUUACAUUCAGGCAGCAUUGGCAGUUCUUUCAAAAGAGGCACUGUCUUUCUUUAGCUGGUUAAUUCUUAGUUGGGCGUGGUCAUGGGUGUUGAUAUUACAGGUGACAGUGAUUUCUGCUUGCCAGCAACUUGAAGUCUGUCAUUCAAGACACAAAAUCGUUCUUUAUCAGUGGGUUCUGCUCAUUGUCAAAUUACAGCAGCUAAUUUCAAAGUCUUACAUCACAUCUCCUGCCAUUGAUAGAAUGAUUUUAAUUGAUUAGAGUCAAGAUUUGCAUUUCAUAAAUAGCCAUAUUUGGUGUGAUUGAUAUUUUUUUCCUUAAUCACAGUAGUGCCAUAUGAAUUUAUGUUCUUAAAGGAAUGCAGAUUGAAGCAGCAUAUUCAGAAUUUGUUCAGCAUACAGCUCUUAAGGAACAACUAGGUUGCCAGAUGAGGUAGGAGUUAUCAAAAACAGAUUAAUUUUUAGUGUUCUUUUAUUUAAUGUCCCAAAGAUUCUGAAUUAAACUUUAAAACUGAAUGGUAUCUUACACUAUUUGAAGCUUUCAAUAUUGGUCAUUUUUCUUAUAGUUCAAUACUUGUUAUAACAUUCAACCAGUGAUUGUGCAAGUGAUUUAACAACCUAUUAUAUUUUUCUUGCACCUCUUCCAAAAAUAGUUGUGGGUAGCUGGAGUUAAGGGCCUUCACAGGGUAUGCUUUCUUCUCAAAUAACCAAUAUUAUAAAUCUAUUGACAGUGAAGUUAAUAUCCCAAAUGCAUUGGCCACAAAUGCAUAUCUUGGUAAUAUUGUGCAUAUUAUCACUGUAGAUGUUACUUUAACUCCUGCCUUUAUAUGUAAUGUGUUAUCAGAAUUCCUUACAGUUUGAAUCUAGAGGCAGAUUAAGGGAUUUAACUACCUCUAAGUGGUGGUUCAGUGAAAUGACUAUUUGUAGUGUUUUGAGAGCCAGCACUGACCUAUGCUAUGAAUAUUCAAAUUUAAUUUUGUUGUAGAUCCUUGUAGAUUACAGGUGUUUACUAGUAGGUGAUGGUGAGUAAAAGAUACCAGUCCUUAGGAUUGCAGAUGCUUCACAAUGGGAUAGACUGGGUGGAAGGCAAGUCCUUUUAUUGGUUUAAUUAGAAGUGUAAAAGACAUCCUUCGUUCUAUAUGUAUUGGAAAUGUUACAUUCAGACUUCCUAUUUCAUUGUUAAGACAUUUAGCAUAUUUGAUAAAUUCUUUCAAAAUGCCAGUAGCACUGCAGGAAAGUUAGAACUGCCAUUAGGAACUAAAUAUUGGUUAACAACUCAAACUGAGGAGGGAGAGAAAUGUGCUUAGUUUUAUAAUUAGAAUUCUGCUAAUUUUCAACAAAAGAAAACUUUGACCAUUAGAUGGUACAAGAGGUUUUGAACCACUUCUAUCAAUGAGCUAGAGUAAAAUAUUCCUGAAGGUAAUAAAAUAUGGGAACACAAUCAAUACAGCUUAACAUCCUCCUCAGUCUUCAAACUGACACUGUUGUCCAAACUGUACAUCUAUAUUGGGAUUUGUUAUUUUAUAAGGGAAUAGAGUUUAAAUUAAUCAUCUAAAGGAAGACACUGUUUUCUUUUUCAAUUCAGCUUUGCCUCCUUGAGUUGUAAAUUGUAAUGUCUUAGUUUAUAUUGUUUUAAAACAAAAGAAGAUUUUACCUUUUAUUUCCAUUCUUAGGUCCACUCUUUAGUUCACAAUUUAUUAAAUGUUUUAAAUUUGCUGCUUCACUGCUGGACAUGGCUUGUUUGCUGGGUGAGAGCUUGUUUCUGAUGAAUAGGGGUUUGGUCUUUACAAGCACUGGCUUUCUAAAAAUUCUUAUCGUUGCAGGUAAAAUAUGUCCCCCACCCCCCACCACCAUAUCUUAUGUCCAUUUAAGUUCCUAGAAGAUCAGCCUGCCUUCUGGCUAUCAGGCUUCUUAGAGUAAAUACAUUUUACAAUUUCAUUUACUGUGUACUAGAAUGACAAAAUCUAGUUCAUUUGUGAAAUAUUACAUUUGAUAGAAUUUAGUGCAGCUUGGAGUUGUGAUGCUCGGUUUGGUUCAAGGAUGUUAUUCACAACCCAAUGGCCUUUUAGCUGACGUUAUUUUGGCUGCAGUAUAAUCCCCUGCAUGGCAACCAAGCCUCCAGUAUCAACGUCGAAGCACUCCAAGGGCCAGCCUACCAAUCAAAAGCAGUGCAUGUGAUUUGUCUCCAUCUACAGGAAAAGUUAACUGAUAAAUAUUGAUUAAGCAUUGUCCUGAAUAAUAAUGCCAUGAUUUCCUAACCCAUUUGUGUUGUGAAAUGCACCUUCCACUGAAAGUGCUGUGCACCCAGUCUCAUUCUUUCAUUGCUUCUAUUAGAACACAUCCAGUUCAGAAUCAUGAAAAAUAUUGAUAUUCCUGAAUGGAGACAGUGAGACGAAAAGGGCAAAGUUCAUAUCGUAUUUUACACACUUUAAAGAAGAACUAUUCACAUAAUUAUUUGUGAAAAUUCAGAGGUUUUUUUGCUUCUGGCUUGCUUCACAUCUUUGUCACUGAACUAUAUAGCAGCCAAAUGGUUUUGACACAAACUGCACCCCGAAUGUACUUCUGAGGGAAUGUGAAUCCAUUUUAAGUGCCUGGGGGAAUGAAGAUGAAUUUACUUUAAGAAAUACAUGUGAAACCAGUUUAUUACACUGAGCUAACGAAGGUAAAAGAAACGCACUGUGAUUAGAAUGAUGGAGUGGAGUUUUGUGCUGGGAUCUCAGUUGUCUGUGUUGUGCUCCUGUAUUGUCAAUGGAUUGUACAUGCCUAUGCCUUUAAAUAAAUAAUAUACAUGUAA